GUAGGGUGGCUUCAGGAAGUACUUUCAGUCAGAACCGCUGUACGACAAGAACAUGUGUUCGGAUCAGCGCUUAUUCUCCGCGUAUCGUUUAUGAUACAUUGUUUAAAUGUGACCAAUAAUAAGAGAACAAUAUCCGGUAGUUAGCGUCAACGAACAGUGACACAAUAACAGUCCUCGCGAGCAAGUAUAUGGAGUAACGUUAGUGCAAAUUUGACAAAACUAAAAGAUGGUUCGAAAACACAAAUAAUAUGAUGUGACAAUUUGGUUUGAAACGUCAAACAAUGAGCUGGAGGCAUUUUUAGCUUGUUUAUAUUACAAAGAAAGUAGCUAAGUUAAACUAUUCUCGGUUAGUUUAAGGCUUCUUAAGAAUCUGUUGACUCAUUAUGUCCGAAGUCAUACACUCGUUUCAGUCACAGCUGUCCGGGGUCAUGGAGACCGUGUUUAAAGCUGCCAUAUUUGAGAUCACCCGUCUCGUGGAGGACAGUUUCGUGAAGGAGGUGUCCCGCAGUCGAGAGCAAGUAGAGACUCUGAAGAAGAGGCUCCAGUGGAGCGAGACCAGACGGAAAGAUCAAGAGACGAGUGUGAGGUGUGCAGAGUGUGACAAAGCCCGGGUGUGUGACGAGGGAAAAGAAGAAAUGUCAACACAAUCAGAAAAUGAACGGAGCCUCAAACAGGAGAAAGUUCCGGAUAGGAACUGGGGAAGCUGCGAGUUGGAGUCUGACACACUUUUGGGAAAAGAGAGAUUAGAAGUCCAAACCAGCACCAGUAAUACAGCAGAGUCUGCAAGCACAGAGGUCAGGAAACUGGACUGUGUAUUAAAAGAGGAGACCCUUUAUGUCACUGCCGAUAAUAAAGAGCUUCAGGAUGGGUGGACGGUGGAUACUGAAGGAGCUCAUUUCUCAGCUCACAGUUACAGUGAGCAGGAGCUGCAGCAGAUUCAGGAAGAGUGGAGCUCUGGACUUGAUCAGACCGCUGACAAUGAAGCUUAUGCAGAUAUUGCAGACAUCCAUGGCCUGACGUACCGAACACGUUAUGACGUAGAAGAGCAAGCAAGCUACAGUGUGCAUGAACUGGACAUGGGAGACCUGGAUGGUCUCGGAGAAAAAACUGAAUACAUGUUGGGUAAUUCAGUAUCGGUUGCAGUUGGGCCUGAUCGUCACAGCUCUUCCAUUAAGAGUAAGAGAGGAAACAGAGAAUCUUUACCAUUGCAGGUCAGCCCAGAGACAGAAGAUGUGGAUAGAGACAUGCACUGUUUACUUAUUAAUGCAGAUGGCCACUUGCAAGACAUAAAUUCCUUCACAGAAAUUCGAAGUGGGGCUGCAGGAUGUACUGGACACAGAGGACAUUCACUGUAUGUUGGGGACACAGCUAGUGGUGCAGUUUAUAAGGGACACGCAUUGAAUCACUCUCUGAAACCUAAUGUUGAACAAGCAUUAGGAGACAGCAGGGCUUCUGCAAAAGUCAGUUCAAGUGCUGCUUACACAUGUAACCAGUGUGGUAAGAAGUUCACUCAGGCCUGCAACCUAAAAGUGCACCAACGUGUCCACCAGCGGGACGGUCUCCACCUGUGCAGCCACUGUGGGAAAGGGUACUCGUCCUUCAGUGACCUGCGAAGGCACCGAUGCAGUCAGACCGGAGACAAGCCCUACACCUGCACGCUGUGUGGGAACAAAUUCAGCCGACUGUGGAACCUCAAGCUGCAUCAGCGUAUACACACACAGGAGAAACCACACAAGUGCACUUUGUGCAGCAAGAGCUUCACCCGGGCCGACAUCUUGAAAGUCCAUCAACGUACCCAUACAGGAGAAAGACCAUACAGCUGUGGUAUCUGUGGACUGAGCUUCAAACGACUGGAUCAUCUCAGGUCACAUCAGCGCAAACAUAGUGCUGACCAGGACAAUCCAUAAGAAAAAAAUUAACUUAAACUGCUAGAAGGUCAUAGAUCACAGAUUGUUGGAGGGCCAUAAAUCCAGGUGUUUUCUAUAAAUCAUAACAUUGUUGCUGUAGAAUCUCCCAUUAUAGUUAUGUCUUCUGGAUAAUUUAAAUAGUUUGUUUUGAAAGGGAU